CUCCCUUCUCCAAUGAGGCCAUUCUCCAAUUCAUUCCCACUUCUACUUCCACUUCUUCCUAAAAAUAAAUAAAUAAAUAAUCAAGAACACAACUAUUAUUAUUAUCACUACUACCACCACCAACUCCAUCAGGAUGCGGUCCUCAUUCGCUCAUCUCCUACAACUCCUACUCUUCGUCCUACCCCUCAUCAAUGCCCACGACCUCCAUCCAUCCUCUCCAUCCUGCCGACCAAUCCAGAAGCGUCAGCUAGUCUCGUCGGGCGAGGGAGGCGCGACCAAUGGACCAUCGAGUACCCCUCAAUCGGCUGGAUAUACCUGUGAUCCAAACUCGUGCAAACUGCCUAGCUGUCAAUGUGCUUCCACUUCCCCUCCGGGUGGCUUGAACCCCAAGGAUGUGCCCCAGUUCAUCCUUUUCACCGCCGAUGAUGCUGUGCAAUCCUAUACGAUCAACUCGGUCAACCAGUUCCUUGCCCAAAGGAAGAAUCCUAAUGGAUGUGCUCCAAAAAUGACCUACUUCGUUUCGUUGAACUAUACCAACUACUCCAUGGUCACAGAUUGGUAUGUUGCUGGAAAUGAAAUUGCAGACCACACAAUGACCCACGUCGGCAGCGCGCCUGUGAACGAAAUCGAUGGAAACAUCAUCGCUCUUAACUCACUCUCUGGGAUCCCCAUCUCAGCCAUCCAGGGCUUCCGUGCUCCCUAUCUCAAUUAUACCAUUGAUACCAUGAAGCAUCUCAAGGACGCCGGCUUUACCUAUGACUCAUCCACCAGUUCCAGCAGUCCGGCCAAUGACUCCAUCACUGAUGCUUACUGGCCAUACACGCUUGACAACGGCUUUGCAAAUGACUGUCUCAGCGUGCCUGGACUGUGCCAAGGAAAAGUCAAACUACCUGGCAUGUGGGAGAUUCCCAUGUAUGGUAUCUUUGAUGAAAAGCAAGCAGGUGGCGUGCAUCUGAUGGACCCAUGGCUCGAUGACCCUGACCCAAACAAGGUCCUCGAAUGGAUGAAGUCUACCUUCCUGACCCACUACAACGGCAACCGUCAACCCUUCGGACUCUACACCCAUCCCAUCCAUCUUGCCACCGGCUACCCUGGUGUUACCGAUCCGAAGGCUCAGAUUAACAUGGUCAACCAAUUUCUCGACUGGGCUCAACAGAUGCAAGGUGUAUGGAUCGUCAGUAAUGCUCAAUUGCUCGAGUGGAUCAAGCAUCCAGUCCCCAUGAACAACCUCAACUCUGUAUCUGCAUUAGGAUGCUCGACUCCAUCCGUUACUGAGAAGAUCUGCAACGGUAUGCCUGAUAAUGAGAAGGGCUUGCUCCAAAACUGUGCAUUCAGCGACUUCCCAUUCACUACGUGUUAUGGAUGUCCUUCGGUGCCACCGUCGCCCAGUAACCCGUUACCGCCUCAAUCGGGCAGCAACCCUCGCCACCGAUUGCCCGCUAACUGUUCGACCCCGUUCUGGGACCCGAUUGGCAACAAGUGUCUCUGCACCUCAAGUGCCUGUCAAUUCAGUGAUAUGACCCGCCCCAUCGGCCCCAACGGAGCCAACUUGACCGGCGGCGGCACUGGUGCGCCCGAUGGCUCCGGCAAAACUAUUUACACCCCGUUCAAAAACUCGGCGGAAGCUCAGUUCAAUGUCCAUUCAGCCGUAACCCCUGCUCUCAUGGUUGCCGCUCUAUCGAUUUUAUUUCUUUGAGAGUUGUCAGAUGAAGCCAUAACGUUCAUGCUUUAAUCCCGUCACCCCCUCUUUUCUUCAUAUCACUUUCCUUUUAUCCAUCUUGAUCACACACGAGUUUGAUUUGAAUCUAACGAUUGAUUACUAUAAAUAACCUUAUUCUGAUCAUCUUGUGUCACAAGCAAUAGUUGUCUUUAUAUAUAACUUUCUCACCUCUGUGUCCGAUGGAAUGUUUUGUGCAAGGUUAUUUCCUUGCAUUCAUUCUUUCCCCUCAUUUUCUUGAUGGACAGGAUCUUGUACCCCAUCCUUUGUUAUUCUGUACCAUCAUUUGCACCCCUCUUUCUCACUCUUUUGUUCCCUCGAUUUUUCUCGUUUCGCUCGCUUUUGUUUUCCUCUGCCUUAUGUUGUUUCAGGAAGGUUUGGAUGAAUCAUCGGAACCAGAUCAUUAUUUGUCAGUCAGAUCGAAAAAUCAAUUCAAGUAUUUGGCAAUCCGUUUGUGUGUGUGGUUGGAAUAGGACUAGCCUCCUUCCUUUGUUCACUGGGAUGGGCGUAAGCUUCUUUCAC